GCCUGAAUUUAGAAAUACAGUAUUGAAUAUAGUACCUAAUUAUGAUAAUAAUACAAUAAUGACGAAACAAAUUAAGGCUGUAGUGCAUCUCACGACAUCAACAAUCACAGUCAUUGAUUGCAGGCAGCAGAUGGGGAGGGUAGCACGCGUGCACGCGCCAUACCUGAAGACUACAACAAAGUUGUAGGGUGACUCUUUUUAAUCAGAGCUAACGGAACACGCAAGGCCUCAACUAACGUUACCCAGACCACCGUCACAAGAGGGAAGCAAUGGCCACUAUCAGAUUCGGCAGCAGCGUCGGUCCGUCUGGAGUAAACUCUGAAAAUCAGAGCUGGAGUGAAGACAGCGCUUAUGGUGAAGACGCUCACACUGAUGAUGCCAGUGACCCCAACAGGAUUGUCCAGUGCCCAUAUGACAAAAAUCACCAGAUCAGAGCCUCUCGCUUCCCUUUUCAUGUUCUCAAGUGCAGGAAGAACCACCCCAAACUGGCUGGGGAACUGAAGACCUGCCCCUUCAAUGCCAGACACUUGAUUCCCAAGCAUGAGUUGUCUCAUCACAUAACAAACUGCGAGGACAAGAGGUCACUGAACGCUGAAGAUGGGAAUAUAGAGGUACUGGAGAAGUUCCAGGUGCCCGUUAAUACCUGGACAAACCCUUCACCCAAUGAGGACUGGGAAACAGAGACUGAUGAUAAUGCUGCUAUGUUUGUCUGGGGAGAAUCCAACAGUCAGCUUGCUCAAAACAAGCCAGAGCCAUCUACCACCAUCAGUUUGUCCGAUGGACUACGGGCACCACGGACUCUGCCAUGGAAACUCUGAUAUGUCACCACUGGAUGGACUUCACUGGAAAAUCUUACUUUUAAAAUACUUUAAGCCCUGUGUGAUUUUUCUAGCUUAACUUGUUUAAUGUCUACUUAUCUUUUAAAGCUUUUAAUUUUGAAGUGUUGUGAAAUAAUAUACUUCCCGUUUCCUAUUUUCUUAGUUAAUACACCAUCUGCUACUAGCUGUGGUCCAUUUGUAGAGACACUCCUUAUUAAACCUAGAGUUUCAGUAGCAUUUAAUCUUUCAAAGGAGAAACCAUCAGUAUUAAUCUUUCUGGACUAUUUGCUUAGACUCCUUUGCAUUUUGUGGAAGUGGUAACCUUCAAUCUUGACCUGUAUGAUUCAUUAAAGCUUUCUUUAAGUGCAAA